CAGCUCCUACCUUAGCUCUAGCGGACCCCUCCCAUCCCCUACAUCUCAAAUAUCCGAGAUGACGUUUUCCUUGCACCUUGUUUCCGGACAAGAUCCCUCACCAGUCAUACAGCCCAGAACCUUCACCUCCAUGUCAGCCGUCCCAAAACAUUCGACAUUGCUCCAUGCCUCCAAUUCCGCGGGUGUCUCUCCUUCAAAUUAUCUCGCUAUUGGACCGCAGAGGGCCGGACGACAAAAACCCACUCGGAAGACGAACGUGUAACCAAGUGCUUCCAAAUACUUUUGAGGUCUUGGCAGCCGCAAGUGGGGUGGAACAAGUGCAAGGGGCCAGCCUGAAAGGAGCUUGGACGUACCGCUGUCGGUGUCUCAAGUUCACCCCCAGGCAAAAGGAACCUGCUGCUUGUGGAUUCUUGGGUGCGGAUGCAGAUGCGGGCACGAGUGCAGGUGCAGGUGCGGGUGCGGAUGAGGAUGAGGAUGAGGAUGAGAAUCUAAAGACUAUACGCGAGAUUCUAGUAUCCAUUAGCUUUUGGAGCCAUCUCAAAUCAACAGUAUCUGGUGCAGAAUGGAAGCCUGAAGGUGAUGUCAGCUCAAGUCGAGGAUCGACGAGUUCACUCUGA